AUGGAGCCGAUGCUGUUAUACAUCGCUGGCACCAAUCGUGUGGUUAGCGUCGUCCUGGUCGUGGAGCGCAAGGAGGCCGGCAAGGAAGCCGGCAAGGAGCAGUCGCAAAAACACACGCCGGCUUCCACCUUGAAGACCAUCCCCAUUACCUGGCCGUUUGCCAUAUGGGGCUUGGAUAUGGUGGGCCCAUUCAAGACAGCCCGAGGCGGCAUGACUCAUCUCUUGGUGAUGAUUGAUAAAUUCACUAAGUGGAUCGAGGCCAAGCCAAUCAAGAAGCUGGACGGCUCCACAGCCGUCACAUUCCUCAAGGAGAUAAUCGUGAGAUACGGGUACCCCCAUAGCAUCAUCACCGACAACGGCAUCAACUUCGCCGAAGGCAUCUUCAAACGCUAUUGCGGGGAGAUGGGGAUCCGAAUGGACCUAUCGUCCGUGGCGCAUCCGGAGUCAAACGGCCAAGUGGAAAAGGCAAACGGCCUGAUCCUAGCCGGCAUCCGGCCCCGGCUGGUGGAGCCGCUUGAGCGCUCAGCCGGCUGCUGGAUUGAAGAGCUGCCCAGCAUACUAUGGAGCCUGCGCACGACGCCGAACCGCUCUGUCGGCUUCACGCCCUUCUUCCUCGUAUACGGGGCCGAAGCCGUCCUGCCGACUGACAUCGAGCACGACGCGCCAAGGAUCAAGCUAUACACAGAAGCUGAAGCCAAAGAAGCUCGUGAAGAUGGAGUCGACCUGGUCGAAGAAGUCCGGCUGAUGGCCGAGUCCAGGUCCACCGUAUACCAGCAAAGCCUCCGACGCUAUCACAGCCGGAAGGUCCAGUCCUUAGCAUUCCGAGAAGGAGACCUAGUGCUCCGGCUGAUC